AUCUGAGAGAGCUGGACCUGAAUGGAAACAAUCUGCAGGAUUCAGGAGUGGAGCUCCUGUGUGGUUUUCUGGAGAGUCCAGACUGUAGACUGGAGAGACUGAGGUCAGUGGAGGGUUAGAGGUCAACAACAGGGUGAUGAAACCCUCCAGAGACAAAACAUUGAGUGUGCAGCCUGCUCCUGAAGAGGAAGAUUUGGGCUCAGAGAAUCCAAAUAAAGGUGACUCUGAUAUCAAAAUAGACCCAAACACAGCAGACACAAAGCUGGAUGUGUCUGAGGAUGAAACAGAACUGAAGAAGCCUCCAUUAAGCUUCACGCCUGAACUGCAAACUGAAUCUACACAAGUCUCAUACAGGUUCAGGUGUCCUGGUCCAGGUGGGUUCCAGUGUACUUUGACUGGACUGGUGUUUGUCAUGACUCAGAAAGCGCAGCUGCUCUACAAGACUGUCCAAUGGGACGAGAGCCUCCUCCACUCCACGGGCAAGAUGGCUGCAGGGCCGCUGUUUGAUAUCCAGUGUCCUGAGGAUGCUGUCUAUCAGCUCCACAUCCCACACUGUGAAACAAAGGAUGCUCUGCUCUCUGAGUGCCGACUGUCUGUCGCCCACAUCAGUGACGAUGGAAUGAGCAUCCUCAAACCGCUGGAGAUCACAGACACCCAUGUGAUUGUCAAUGUCCCUCAUCUCUCUGCCUUUGGCCUGGUCUGGGAGUUUUUAGGGAGGAUUUGGAACAACAUGAACCCAAUCAGCGGCCAAGUUUUGCUGUUCCUGCGACCACCAAACCCAAAAACACAGAGGCAAAACCUCAAUGUGCUUCUCCUGCCAAUCAACAUCCCCCUGGAGGAGGUGAUUGCAAAACAGAGAAAUUCUGAGUACAUCCAGGCACCUUCCAUAUGCAGAUUCAUCAAAGACCAAAGUUACACUGUUCACUGUCCGAAGGCCUACAAAAUACAGCCUCAGAAAGCAGAGUUUUACCUGAAUUUUGGACCAAACUACCACCCAACGUUUGAGAUCCGCCUGCCUACAAACACAGAAGAAGCGACUAUAACAGUCCGAGACCAAACAAAUGAAGAUGUCUGGGAGCAUAAUGUUGACCUGACUGAUCCUGCUCCAGCAGGGACUCCAAGUGUCCUAGCGGACAGGAGUGUCCAAGUACAGACUCCAAGUGUCCCAGCAUGGACUCCGAAUAUGCCUGAAGGGACUUCAACUGUUCCAGUAUGGACUUCAGGUUCCCUAAUGGGGAUUCAGAGUGUCCAAGUACAGACUCCAAGUGUCCCGGCAUUGACUCUGAGCAUCCCAGCAGAAAAGAAGCUGAUGACUGUUCGGACACAGUUCAUUGACAGAGUGUCUGAACCUGUUCUACGUAAGCUGCAGGAUAAACUCCUGGAACAUGGAGUGAUAACUGAUGAGGAAAUGGAGUCUGCUGGUACACUGAACAGAGCAGACACAGCUCGUAUGGUAAUCGACAUGGUGAGAAAAAAGGGAUCACGCGCCAGUUCAGCUCUGAUCAUUGCCCUCUGUGAAGAGGAUUCAUGUCUUGCAACAGAGUUAAACUUAAUGUGAAGCAGAGACAGUUUGUAUCAGGGUAUCUCUGUCUUACACCAACAAAUCUUUAAUUCUUAUAGUUUAAGAAAGAUUUGUCAAAGCCUUAAAAAUCCAACCUGCCUAUUAGCUUAGCUGUCAGCUCAGAGCUCUAAAUUUUAUGAAGGUGUGGACAGUUUUACACAAAUAAAUACCAGUUUUCAUGUCAGACAGCUCACACUUUUCCUGUGUGUGCAUAGCUAUAUAACGUCCAGUGUCCAGAAUUUUCAUACAUGCUGAUGUUAUGAAUACUAAAAACCAGAAUGAGUGAAUCUGUGCUCUUUACUUGAGGAGUAGUCAAAUGCUCUGUUUUGAACUUGUGCAAGUGGUUGAGCUGGUUUUAGGAUGCUCACUAUUUAUUUGUAUCCCCUUAAUAAUCUUUAAUGACAUUGUGGCAAUUAGUUUUCUACUACACUGCUGACACACAGCCUCACAAGUUUAAAUAUGCAAAUUUAAAUAAACAUAACUAAGAGAAAACAGUAACUACAUUUAUGCAUCUAUGCCAUGAGUUAACAGUUAUUUCUUUCCUAUUGUUCCAUGCUUUAAUCAAGGGAUUUCGCUGAACAAUUUUUAUUCUGGGUGUUUGUGGCAGUUGCAUGUUUUCACACUUUUUCUCGACUUUCUACUACAAACUACUUGUCAAAAACUUUUUUUUAUGUAUAGUACCAGUUAUGUUUAUCCAUAUUAAUUUUACUUGGUGAAAGUCUGAGGACUGCAGUUGCAAAUAAAUCAGUUUGAAUCAUUUACA